UUGAAAGAAUAUCAGUUCGUUUAGUCCCCUGCUGUAAAAUUUAACUAAAAGUAGUGCUGUGUGCUUUUUAACCUAUUUUAAGUGACAACAUCUAAUUGAAAGGGAUUUUAAGGAAAAAUGGAGUUCAGGGUUGCCAUUCUUGUGGCGGUGUGCUUAUCGUGCGUACUGCCGAGCGUGAGGCCAGUGCCUGUGGUAAAGGUGGCUGUCGUGGGUGGAGCCCUAGGGGCUGUCAAGGGUGCCAUCAAGGGUGCGGCCGCCGCCGGCGCUGGAGCCCUACUUAUCAAGAAAGUCACCACUGCACUGAAAGGUGCUCUAGUGGCUAAAGGAGCCUUUCUUAAAAACGUGGCUUUAAAGACGGCUGCCCAUGGGGUAUCGUUCGGCGCGGGUGCAGCUCUCGGCGCCGCGGUGGUCGCGCACAAACCGCACGCUGAAUACGAGGAGACUUACAUCGAACAACCACACGUCCCGCACUUCGACCAUGGGUAUUACUACGACCACCCGCAUUCUGUCGAAACUCUACAUGAGCCAACAUAUCAUCAUCAAGCCCAUGUAUCUUCAUAUCAUGAGCCCAAUUACCAUGAGUACCCUCAACAACUGUACCAUUAUGAAUCUUACUCCGAACCACAUUAUAGAUGAAAAAAUGUGUGACUUUCUAAUA